GCGGCGUCUUGAUUGUCCUGAAGCACAUUGCUACGUGUAGUUUUGUUGGUGAGAAAGAGGAAAAGGAGCUCCUUUGAGAGUUGCAUAUACAAGAUGGAGAGCACCUUCUGGGGUGUCGUAGUCCAGCCUGGCAAGGCGCAGCCGUUCGUGCCCCCGCCAGUGGAUGCGAAAUUGCAUCUGUCACAGGCAACGCUGUCCAUGGAUGCCGACAAUGGAUCGAAGGUGGGGCUGACUUGCACCAUGGGAGAGGAUGGCGACGAAGAAGUGCUGCUGUGCACGCUGCGCGAGGGCGCCACAGAGUCACAGAGCCUGGACCUUGUCUUUGAUCACUACACCGAGUUUAAGGUCCAGGGCUCAGCUGCGGUGCAUCUGACUGGCUACUACAUGCCCGAGUACGAGGAAGCGGAAACAUCCACUGAUGAGGAAGAAGAUGAGGAAGACGAUGAGGAGCUGCUGAUGGACCUGUCUCCAGAGGAGGCUGCUGCCCUUGAGCAGUACCAGCGCUCCUCCCGCUUCCCCUCCAAGAUCAAGUUUGAGGAGGCCAGUGAUGACGAGGAAGAUGAUGACGAGGAUGAUGACCAGGAAGAAGACACUGAUGACGACGAAGAGGGCAUGAUGAUCUUGGGGCCUGAUGAUGAGAACAACAUCACCAUCGUGGAGCUGAACGAUGAUGGCACCGAGAAGGCUGACAGUGAUGAAGAUGAGGAAGAUGUGGAGGACAUGAUUCCUGGGGGCGAGGCGCCGAGGGUGAUCCAGGUGACUGGACCGGAGGCUGAGAAGGCCGGCAAGAGGAAGGCCGCGGACGAGGCCAAGCAGGGCGGUGCUGCAACCAAGAGGAACAAGAAGACUGCUGCGGAUGUUGCGGUCAAAGAGGCACCAGCAGCGCGGAACAGGAGGAGGAGGCACAGCCUGCUGCUGGCAAGAAGGCAAAGAAGGGCAAGAACGGCACUGGUGCGUCUCUGCUGAGCACCUGGCACGCUGAGCCCCUCCAGCC